AUGGUUUUAGGGCUUGUGCGAGCCUCCCGGCGCAUAUUGGUUCGGCGCUACCCUUUCUUCACGCCACUCAUUGAAUCACCUUCCGUGAUUUUCUCCUACGCCGAGGAUUCUGGCUCUUCUGAAGCCAGUCACCUGCGUGGUGUUCAAACGGCGGAGUCUCCUUCGUUCCAUCGCUCGAGAUCAUCCUGGACUGCGGCUACUGACCAUCGGUUAUGGCAACAAAGGCACUUUGAAUUGGUGGACAGUUGCCCCCGGAGUCUCUUGUUCUCGGCGACCUUAUCCAGUUCUUCGGAGAAGGGGGAGCGGCAGCAGGACGGCGGUGACGAUCGGCAGCACGAGGCUCCGGUUACUGAUGCGUCGUGGGUGGAGAAAUACGUCCCCAGGUUUCUUGAACCUUAUGCACUACUCGCUCGUCUGGACAAGCCCAUCGGGACGUGGUUGCUGGCUUGGCCUUGCGCAUGGUAUUAGGCUUAUUGUCCUCUCAUCUGUACCUAGAUAUUCAGAUGACAAUUUUUUCGAUGAAGACGAUGAGAUUUAGGUGAUAGGAGCAUUUCCUUGAUCGGUCAAGUAUCAUUUAUAUUUUUUAUUCUUCACACAAACCUUACCUGGAACAUGUGAUCUUGCAAAACGAGGAAGGGUAUUUUGAAAAAUGUCCACCAAAAAUGGGUGACCAGUAAGAUGACUGAUAUUCAGGUUCGUCAAUGUAGGUCAAUUACAUUUGCUGCACGCCCUGGAAAUCUUCCCGACCUUAAGAUGCUUGCUCUGUUUGGAUGCGGUGCCGUGCUUCUGAGAGGGGCUGGCUGCACAGUCAAUGAUCUCCUAGAUCGAGACAUUGACAACAAGGUACUCCCGAAUGCCAAUGCCGCAUUCCCAUCAGUGAUAAUAAGAUAUGUUUUUUUAUGCAAUCUUGUGGCUUGCAAAUGAUUAUUAUUGUAAUCAGAAAAUUGGCAUUCAAUGCCGUACCCUGGAGUAACAUCAGAUCAUGAAUGCGUAAGAUUCAUCCAAACAACCUCACUGAAUGUGAUUUCAUCUGCUAGCCAAAUAUCAAAGAAUCUUGUUGACUUGGAUAAGAAAACAUAUUCCAACUUUGGCAUGGAUUGAUGCUGCCAAUUUUACUUUAGACGACUUAUUCCUACUUUGAGAAGCUCUUUCUCGUUCUAUCCCAACACCUUCUUUCGUGUAUUGACUUAGUAUUUUGUAUGUGCAUUGAUGCGCACUGCUUUAACUUUAUUCUCAGCGAAGUGGUGUAUUACCCCUACGAAAAAAAUAAGAAAUAGAAGCUUUCUAUCAGCAUUGGUUUCGGCUUGUUUUAUUCGGCGUUUGAAAAAUUAUACCCUCUUCUUUUUUUUGUUGGCUUACUCUUCAAUAAAUCUACAGUUAUCCAGCUGAACUGGGAAUUAGAGCAGCAGGGACGAUUAAUGUAUUUGGUCUCAAGGAGAUUGUGCAGCUGUUCGUUUUGCCGCUUGGAUGGUGGUGAAAAAAAGACUAGUUCUAGGUCAGAGGAUUUCCAGGAAGAAAACCAUAGCAAGACUGUGUUCGCAGGAAUUAACAGUUCAUUUUAGGUUCCUGUCAAGGGGAAAGAUCCGUUCGCAUGAAAAUACGAUAAAAAAGAAUUUCACGUGCUACACAUCUUUUGCGGCCAUAACUAGUAGAAAAACUCUGAUGGCUGACAUGAGUAUUGUUGAUUGAUCUUCACUAAUAUUUCCUAACGAUUUAUUACACUCACUGCUUGUUUUUUCUUGGUUGCUAUAGGUGGAGCGAACAAAGUCUAGACCAAUUGCAUCUGGUCUUUUGACACCAUUCCAAGGGCUUUCGUUUCUUGGGUUUCAGCUUUUGUUGGGACUUGGAAUCCUUCUUCAAUUGAAUGAUUUCAGGUAACUUGUAACUACUUUUAUGAGGAGGCACUUUGUUUUAAAACUUUUCGUUGAGUUUCGUUUGUUUGAAUGUUAAUAAGAUACCCCAAUAUCGGGUGGAUAUCUUGUCGGAGUACCUCUGAGAGAGAGAGAGAGAGACGACAGAUGAUGAUGUUGGCUCAGAUGGAUGGAAGAACUAAUAGGAAUAAGUUUGCAACUCAUGUUUAUCAGUAUCAUGUAGGAAGAAACAAAAGAGAAGUCAUUUAGCAUAUUUUCUGCUUGUGUAUUUUAGACCAGACAUACAUCUCAUGGGAAGUGUGAAAACCCCAGAAGAGUUUUCUUUGUUUAUCAUGAUUAUCAUCAGCGUGCUAGUUAUCUUCUUCUUGAGAGUUAUUAAACGUCAUUAUUCAACUUUGAAGUUCACCUAUUCUUUUGAGUUACUCGCAAAUCCGCUGUCUCCAUGUGGUCUAAGAAUUUCAUGCAUCAAUCAUUAAAGAAAAUAUAACUGUUUGUUACACUUCGAGGUCCUCAGCAUAUGAAUGGAUACUGCAUGUAGUGUAAAUUAAUCGUGCAGACUUUAUGGGUCAUGUUCAUCAUUUACUGUUCUAUUAUUUUUGGAAUUGAUAAAUAUCAAUAAUGACUAAUCUAAUAGAAGAGUGAUGGAGAUCCUUCUUUCCUCUGCAUCCGAUGUUUUGCACCUUCGCACCAGCAUGUUAGGUGCGAUUUCUCUUCAUUGACUGAGACAAAUCCGUUGAUUAUUUCUUACUAAUUUUAUUCAUAAAAUGCGGUCUCCUGGUUCCUUCAAUUGUCUGCACAUUUCUUUUAUGAAUUGGCUCUCUUUGCAACGAAGGCGCCAUUCUCUUCUCAUAUACUAAAAUAGUGUGCAAGAAUUUGGGGUAUGUAACGCCAUUUCAUUCUUUCCAAAAGCCGUGUCUUAGGUGCAUCAUCAUUGCUGCUGGUUUUCUCCUACCCCCUCAUGAAGAGAUUCACAUUUUGGGUAUGUGACAGAUUAUACUACGAUGAAUUAUGGAUUUUCUGGAAAAAAAAAAAGAAGCUAUGUAAUUAAAUUGGCCCCUGAUUCUGCAGCCCCAAGCAUAUUUAGGUCUAACCUUUAACUGGGGAGCUUUACUUGGCUGGGCUGCUAUUAGAGGAAGCCUAGAUCCUGCAGUUGUCAUCCCAUUGUACAGUGCAGGGGUCUUCUGGACACUCGUAUAUGAUACUAUCUAUGCACAUCAGGUACAUUGACUAUGCUCCAGCAUUGCAAUCACUUACCAUCUCAUUUUCCUUCAUCCUCUCUCUCUCUCUCUCUCUCUCUCUCACUGCACAAGUAGCUAGCAAAAUUUUCCUUCCUUCUUUAAGAAAUGCUGACAAAGGUAAUCCCCAGGAUAAGGAAGAUGACCUGAAAGUAGGCGUCAAGUCAACGGCAUUGAGAUUCGGUCAUCUAACCAAGAACUGGAUUUCUGGAUUUGGGGUUUCCUGUGUUAGUAGCCUUGCCCUCUCUGGAUACAACGCAGAGCUUGGUUCGUAUUAGUUUCCUUUGCCGGCUGGCAUGAAGCCUUUCAUUAGCUAUCAUGCUGAAGUAAUUAACUGCUUGCUUUCUCUUGUAGAACAGAGUGGCCGUAUUACACAUGUUUGACUCUUGCAGCUGGACAGUUAGGAUGGCAGAUAUGGUCUGUUGACUUAUCUAGUCGUGCAGAUUGCAACCGAAAGUACGCAUUUUCAAGGGAUUCUCUUCAUCUCAAUAUUUUUGCUGCAUCGCCAUUUUUUUAAACAUCUUUUGAUUGAUUAGACCAAAGUAGGGUCUGCCUCAUUGUUAUCUAUACACCCUCACUUCCCUUAUAAAUCAGUUCAAACACAGGCUGGCUGUCAUCUGAUAGUCCACCAAUCCAAUUUUCUUAUGCUAGCCGGGGGGAAACGGUAAAGUCUCAAUUUUUAGGGGGGUUAUUAAUAAAAUUCCUAGCUCGAAAGCUUAUCCCCCGUGUGUAGUGUUCCAUCUCGGACCCCCUUCCUUGCUUUCUUGUCCCCUUACAUUGUUGAAUUCCAUUCAACUAUUUCUUGAUCUUCAUCUGGUAUUGGAGUCCCAUCAUCAUCCUUUUUUUAGCCUUUGUUCUUUGUCAGUGAGAAAUUUUAGGCCCGCUUCCUGUUCUAUGAAUGGAAACUGCGAACCCAUCAUUGCGGAUUAGCAAAUUGUGAAGAGUUGAUUGCUCGUUGACUUGCAUCAGUCAGCUUCCUGUUCUAUGAAUGGAAACCGCGAACCCAUCAUUGCGGAUUAGCAAAUUGUGAAGAGUUGAUUGCUCGUUGACUUGCAUCAGUCAGCUUCCUGUUCUAUGAAUGGAAACCGCGAACCCAUCAUUGCGGAUUAGCAAAUUGUGAAGAGUUUCAAGUUGACUAUCUGAAGCUGAAUUCAGACGUAGGAUGAGGCAUUUGAGAAUUGCUCGUUGACUUGCAUCAAUCAGCUCAAUCUCACUCUUAAAAGGAGCACAUGGCGUUUAUAUUCCCCAAUCUCUGCCGACACCUUUGCCUGUGCGUGCUUCUCGCUUGGCUACACUCGAGAUCUUCCAUUAGGGUUUAGAUGGCUUCGCCUCCACUUUACACCCCAAAUAGAAGUAUGUUCUUCAUUCUACUAUUACCUUCAAUGGCGAUGGUCUCAACUAUCUCUGCAUAAAAUUUUCAGUUUUAUUAUUUUCAUAAAUCCAUUGUGGGAUGAACAUAACAUUUGCAGCGUUUUUUUCAACUCAUUAUUUUCUCCAACUGAAUGGGGAAAAUCAGAAAAAAUCUGAGCUUUGGCCUGUUUAUUUUCAGAUUUGUCUCCAACAAAUGGUUUGGAGCUUUCGUCUUCAGUGGAAUCUUGUUGGGUCGACUAGCAUCUUGA